AUGAAUGACCGAAACAGCCGGAGGAGGACACUGAAGAAAGACGAUGAGGCCUUCGAGAUCUCCAUCCCCUUCGAUGAGACGCCCCACCUAGACCCACAGAUCUUUUACAGUCUGAGCCCCUCUCGGGGAAACUUCGAGGAGCCUCCGGAGGCCGCAUCCCCGACCGUGGCCCUGAUGAAUGGUGUCAGGGCUCAGCUGCACAUGGCCCUGGAGAGAAACUCAUGGUUGCAGAAGCGCAUCGAGGACCUGGAGGAGGAGAGGGACUUCUUGCGGUGUCAGCUAGACAAGUUUAUCUCCUCUGCCCGCAUAGAUGCAGAGGACCAUUGCCGGGUGAAGCCUGGGCCCAGGCGGGUUGAGGGGGAUGGCCGGGGUGGGGCUGGGGGCGAGGCCUCAGACCCCGAGUCAGCGGCCUCCUCGAUCAGCGGAGCGUCUGAAGAAGGUAGUACCAUGGAGAGGAAGAGGCAGAAGCAGAAGGGAGGUGCUGGCCGGAGGCGCUUUGGGAAGCCCAAGGCCCGGGAGAGGCAGCGGGUGAAGGAUGCAGACGGCGUCCUCUGCCGCUACAAGAAGAUCCUGGGCACCUUCCAGAAGCUGAAGAGCAUGUCUCGGGCCUUUGAGCACCAUCGAGUAGAUCGCAACACGGUGGCGCUGACCACGCCCAUCGCGGAGCUGCUCAUCGUGGCCCCGGAGAAGCUGGCGGAGGUCGGCGAGUUCGACCCCUCUAAGGAGCGUCUGCUCGAGUACUCGCGCCGCUGCUUCCUGGCCCUGGACGACGAGACCCUCAAGAAGGUGCAGGCCCUCAAGAAGAGCAAGCUGCUGCUUCCCAUCACCUACCGCUUCAAGCGGUGAUCCUGCCCCACCUGGCCCAGGACGCCCCCGUCGGCCCCCACUUCCCUUCCUCCUGUGCCCCUCCUGGCACUGGGCGAGCGUGUGCAUGAGUGGUGUGCUCCUCCAGAGGGCCUGGGGUGUUUCUGCGUGUGCCUCUCCUGCUCCUGCAGAUCCCCACUCCCACCCCGGGUCCCUUGUAUAUAGAUCUGGUCCCCUUCUUGCCUCUCACGGUCCUAGCACCCUCCCCUUCUUCUGCAUUCCCUGGGGAGGAGCGUCCACAUAGCCAGGCUCCCAAGAGCUACCGCCCAGGGGUCAGUUUCUGCCCUUUCCCAAAUACUGGCACCCCUCCCACGCGAGCUGCACCGUCCUGCCCUCACCGGCCCUCCCUCCUGGGGACACUGCGAGACUGCGGGGCCAGGCACUGUACAUACCCCGUCUCUACCCCCAGCCCCAAAGACAGGCUGGCCUACUCUGCCAGGAGCUCCCCACCCGCCUUCCGGACGAGAAAGAAUUAUUCAGAGAAUUUAAAUUA